AUGGACCUACAGCAAUCACCAAAUACACCAGAAAAACCAAUGCGUCGUCAUACAAUCGAUGUUCAUACAUUAUCAAUGCCUCCUCGCUAUGAUUUUGUUUUACCAUCAUACAGUAGAGAUCGACGUGCAUCAUCGAUAAUAACAACUGUGCCAUCGGCAACUGUCAUAAAUGAUAAUUCCACAAAUGUUAACGUUCCAAUUCCUGAACAAAAUGCAUCAUCAUUCGAAAGAGUAGAUAAUAAAAAAGAAGAUGAUAAUCGAUAUUCAUUGGAACAAAUGAUUUCCUAUAGACAUGGACGGCAUGUUGCAGAUAAAGCAUUGUCACGCGACGUUAGAAAAUUUUAUGCUAGACAAGAUGAAAUAAUAGAUCACUAUUCAACCAUACAUAGGCGACAUACAUCUGGUUCAAUGCAUGAUGAACGUGCUGAACGACAUAAACGAUGGACGCUUAUACUUAUUAAAACAACCCUUGUUUCCAACAUUAUUCUUGUGGUCGGAAAAAUAUUCUCUGCUAUUAUUUCUAAAUCAUUAUCAAUUGCAUCAUCAGCAAUCGAUAGUACAAUCGAUUUAAUGUUAAAUUUUGCUAUUUGGUGGGCAGCUAGAGCUAUAAGAAAACGGAAUCCACACCUUUAUCCGCAAGGACGAACUCGCCUUGAACCUAUUAUCAUUAUUAUACUUAGUAUUGUCAUGUGUGCUGCUAGUUUUCAAGUUAUUUUCGAAGGAGUUCGUUCAGUUAUUGAAGAUGUUAACUAUUUUCGUAAUGUUAGUGGUUAUGCAUAUGAAAAACCACCGGUUGAUAUCAAUCCUGCGGCAAUUUCAAUUAUGUGUAUAACGAUUGUCAUUAAAAUUAUAUUGUCUGUAUUAUGUUAUCGAGUUUCGACACCAACAAUGUCAGCACUUUCUGCUGAUCAUCGAAACGAUGUUGUUGCUACCAUGGUAGCAUUAGUAUUCGGAAUUAUUGGUUCCAAAGCAAUAGACGGUGAAAUUAAACCAAGAGAAUUAUCAGUCAUUGAUCCGGUUGGUGCUAUCGUAAUCAGUUUAUAUAUCAUUAUCUGUUGGAUUCCUCAAGUUCGUCUUCAUAUUCGUAAUCUAACUGGUUAUACAGCUCCGGCUCAAGUUCUUCAACAAUUAACUUGGAUAGCAUUUCAUCAUUCAUCACUUAUACGCAAAAUAGAUACAGUACGAGCAUAUCAUUUUGGUACACAUUUUCUUGUCGAAAUUGAUGUUCUUCUUCCUGAUGAUUUACGUCUCAGUGAAGCAGUUCAUGUUGGUAUUGGUCUCGAACAAAAAAUAGAAGCAUUACCAGAUGUUGAACGUGCUUUUGUUCAUUUAAAUUGUGAAAAUACGAGUGCUAACCAUUGUAAUAGUACUGAUGAUCAAGAUCAUCAGUUAGUUGCUGCUGUCAAUCGACGGCAUCACAAGGUUGUUUGA